AUGGCCCGGAGGGAGCGGGAGCAGCCCGGGGGCUCGGCGGAGCGGCGGGGGGCGGCGGCGGCGGCUGCGGGGUCCCCCCGGGGCUUCGUGCGCCCGGAGCCGCCCGGCGGGGCCGUGGCCCGGGUGUCCCACCUGUGGCCGGCAGCGGCGGGGAGCAGGGAGCGGCCGCAGGCCCCGCAGGCCCCGCAGGCGGCAGAGCCCGGCGGGAGCUGGGGCAGGGCGGCCGCGGGCCCCGGCAGCACCCGGAGGAAGGAGCUGAAGGGAAUCCUGCAGAGCAGCACCAAGCGCAGCGCCCCGGCGCAGGUGGCGGGGCAGAACCAGGAGCAGGAGGCUCCGGAGCACAGCCCCGAGGUGCUGUCCCUGGCCUUGGACCCUCUGGAGCACGAGUGGCUGCUGACGGUGGCCCAAGGCGACGCGGAGAACAUCGUCAGGCUGCUGGACCUGGAGCCCAGCCUGCUGAGCAGGAAAGACUUCGUGACGGGCUUCACCGCCCUGCACUGGCUCGCCAAGCACGGCCACCACGAGAGCUUCAUCGAGGUGGUCGCCCACGCCCAGAAGAAGGGUUAUCCUGUCAACGUCAACGUCCCCGCUGCCAGCGGCGGGCUCACCCCCUUGCACCUGGCCGCCCUGCAGGGCCACGAGCUGCUCAUCAAGCUGCUGGUGGGAGCUUACGGGGCGGACACCAGCUGCAGGGACCACAGCGGGCGCAAGGCCUGGCAGUACCUGAGGGCGGAUGCUCCCAGGGAGCUGAAGGAGCUGGCGGGGGCCUUGGAGGAGGACUUGGCCCAGCUGCACAUUUGCAACACCAACAACAACUGUAAGUCAUCCGGAGAGGCCAUGGCAGGGAGGGACUGCGUGGAUUUCGGGGCUGGGGGGAAAACCCAGCAACCCCGCAGCCUGUCGACCCUCUGGGGCUUUGUCAAACAGGCGUUCACCUUCUUCCAUGAGCGCUGA